GAGCGUCUCUCAGAACACGGUAUCCCCAGCGUCGACGAAAUGAUCGUCAAUCGUGCAACCUCCGUGUACAUCCUGGCGUCGUUGCUGCUCUGUCUGACAUCAUCCACUUCCGGCGAAUAUGAAUCAAAGGAGGUAUCGAACAGUGAGUCGAGCGAUAAAUUGGCGGAAAACAAUUUGAACUCGUGCACCGAUGGCGUAAAACGCGCCGCGCAGGAACUCAUGAACGGCAUGUGGUUUGGCCCCCGAUUGGGAAGACGACGUAGAUCGGGCGAGAGGGGCCCCGAGAUCGACGCCUUGGCGAAUAUCCUGGACGGAGCGCGCUGGACUCUCGUCAAAACUCCAGCUAACGACAAGAGACAAACGACUCAAUUCACGCCGCGCCUGGGGCGAGGCUCCAGCGAAGAUCUCUUCUCGUACGGGGACGCGAUGGUCGACAGGAGCGAGGAGGAGGACGAUCAACCGUUGCCGCCGCUUUUCGCGCCGCGUCUGGGACGUCGACUUCCUUGGGCACCGUCGCCAAGGCUCGGCCGUCGAUUGCGCGACGCGCUGCGAAAGAUGUAAAGACGCACGACGGAACCGGCGAUUGGGAACUAUAUAGCCUCUAUUCGUUUUGUCGACAUAUCUCGCGGAACAUCGAAACGGAUCUCGAAAUCAGCGGUGGAAACGACGAUGCAUUCGGAGGACCGAUUGCUCUUCGCAUUUACAUUAUCGGACAACGAGAUGAGAAAGAACUAGUCGGGAUAUUUUGUCCUGCAAAGGCGCAGCGAUAUUCACCUCAUUGUCGCACCAAUCGCCGUGCUUUGCGUUAAAUUUACGAAAAGUUACGCGUGCUGCUAGUUUGUACCAGCGCGGAUACAUGAUAAACGCUAUUUUCGGCCUCGCGAGAAGGGUUGAGAUAUCUCUCCUUUUGAAGAGGGAGCGAGACGACGGAGAGAAAGAAGGGUGCCGAACUACAGCUUGUAAUUCCUCGACCGGAACUACCGCGAGCCAUGUGGCAACAUGGAAGAUGGUCAUAAUCAUAAAACUCAAAACCAGCAGAUACAAGUUAGUCCCCGGUCCCUUUUUGUAUAUCGAGAAUCAUUCGUAAGAUGUUUCCGAGUCGGAUCAAGGACAAUUAUAGCGACGCGUUGUGACAAAUUGCUUUCGGGCAAUGUCAACAAAAAAAAUUUUACAAUUCCAAAAAUCAUUCCUCGAGUGAUCCUCUCCCGAUUUCUUCGGUCGUCUUUUAAAAUAAGCAGAUACUCCAGAUCGAUAACUGUACAUGUUAUUUUACCGUUACUUUAUCGCAAACAUUAUGAUCAAUUGAAUGAAAGAACCCUGAA